AUGAGCAACACCGAACCAUACCACCAAUGCCUCCAAGACAUCCGAUCCCGGAUGACUCUCUACCUCCUCCCCAACACGCUCCCCUACGAGCUCCUAACCGCCCUCCUCAACGCCGCCGAGCGGGACUAUCUGUACCAUCGGACUACCGCCGAGAACGUCGCCGAGAGCCCUACCGAGAGCAACGAGACACCUGCUCCUGGCAGCGUUGCCGAAAAGAAGCCGAUAAUAACUGCGGCGGGGAGGAUGAUAAUCCCCACUGUCGGGACCGUGGACGGCGUGAAGCGUAAGGUCUGGGUUGAGGUUUGA